GUUUUUUUGGAGUCAUGAAGCUGUUAGCUCUUCUUUUCUUGGCCUUGGCUGUCGCCGUUGCAGAAGCUAAGGAGCCCAAGAAGAAACACGAAGAUCCUGAUCACAUAAUCACCAAUGGAAGUCCCGCCUACGAGGGACAGGCGCCCUUUGUGGUGGGCAUGGCCUUUGGCCAGAGCAACCUGUGGUGCAGUGGCACCAUUAUUGGCGACACCUGGAUCCUCACAUCCGCUCAGUGUUUAUCGGGCAGUUCCGGGGUGACCAUCUACUUUGGAGCUACGCGACUAAGUCAGGCCCAAUUCGCCCUUACAGUGGGUACUAGUGAGUAUGUUACUGGAAGUCAGCAUCUCGCUCUGGUAAGGAUUCCCAGGAUUGGCUUCAGCAGCCGGGUCAACAAGGUGGCUCUUCCAUCGCUGAGCGCCAGAUCCCAGCGUUACGAGAACUGGUGGGGCAAUGUCUGUGGAUGGGGAGUGACUACCUUCAAUAAUGGCCUGACCGACGCGCUGCAGUGCGUCGACCUCCAGAUAAUGCCCAACUCCGAGUGCGUCGCCUAUUACGGAUCCACCACGGUCUCCGAUCAGAUCCUCUGCACCCGUACUCCCAACGGCAGAUCCCCCUGCUUCGGCGAUGCCGGCAGUCCGCUGGUCACCAAACAGGGAUCCACAUUGGUGGGCAUUUCCGCCUUUGUGGCCUCCAAUGGUUGCACCUUGGGAUUGCCUGCUGGCUUCGCCAGGGUCACCAGCGCAUUGGAUUGGAUCCGUCAGAGGACGGGCAUUUCCUACUAAAAGGGUCAACAUAAAAUAAAGAUGCCCUAUACCUGCACAGAAA